AUGAAACGAUUUGAUUUUCGCAUAUAUAUGUUUGUUUCAGCGAGAUUUUUUGAUGGAGUUAUCGAUCUAUCAUUCACCUGUGCCACAAAAUGUGAUCCUGAAGAAUAUGGUAUACAUUUUUAUAAGAAUGAUGAACCAGCUGAUGAUAAUGAGGGUUAUACGUAUUUUGCAAAAAGAAUAAAUUGCUACAAAGAAGUACGUGAAAUGUUGGAAAAACUUUAUGAAGAUCAAGGUGGCACCUUUAAAGGUAUAGAAGAAAAAGAAGAUGGCACACUAAUAACUGACGAAAUUUCAAAGAUUGUAAAUCAAUCGAUACAUAUAAAAGAUCCGCUAUUACAUAUCACAAUCUAUGAAUGGCUUAUGUCUCAUGACUUGACAUCAGUGUUAUUAUCACUAAUGGAACCAUCUUUAGGAGACUACUUACGACGGAAUGUAUUGCGUUUUCCUGAUAACUAUAAAGUAAUCGAUUUAUUAUGGAAAUACUAUGAAAAGAAUAAACAUCAUGCCCAGGCGGCAAAAAUUCUGGACAAUUUGGCAUCCAUGGAAACUGAUGCUAUACCUCUAGAUAAAAGAAUUGAAUAUCUGGCACGUGCUGUCAUGUGUAUGCGAAAUGACACUAUAGGAUACUCAAUGCAGAACGGUUUGCUGUUGAAAGACGUAGAGGAUAGGAUGGACAUAGCACGAGUACAAAAAUUCAUUCUUAAUUCUAUUUCUGCAAUUACACCUCAAACCACCGUAACUGACAGAGCUAUUCAAGAUCUGAAUAAUAAACUUUUUGACAUAACUGAUCUCUAUCAACAAUUUGCAGAACCAUUUGAGCUGUGGGAGUGCAAGCUCACCAUACUCAAUUGCUCACACCACAACGAUACAUUGUUAAUAGAGUCCGUAUGGCAAAAGAUUAUCAGCAAUACCAUACAAGGUUGCAGUACCUCAACAGAACGCGUCACGCGAUUGUUCACAAAAAUCGAGACACUUGUUAAAGAAUUUAGUCAAUCGGGCAAUUGUUUUCCGCUUGCAUUCAUCAUCCACGAAUUAGAAAAAACCGCAUGCGUAUACAAUAUGCCGGAAGCCAUAGUCCCAGAAAAACUGUUGGCAAUGGAUAUUGACAUUGAAAUUAUGUUGGAAUAUUAUUACAGAAUGAUAAUAAUGAACGAGCGCACUUGGACACAAGAGGGUAACGAAUGGCAUUUAGUGGAAUCUUGCAUACUUUUAACCAGAACGUUGGCCGAUACUGUGGAAACACUGUGGUGUCGUUCAAAACGCCGUAUAAUUGGAAAAGCGCUUGAUAUUAUUUCCUCUUGUCUCAAUUUAUGUUACCAGAAGCCUAGUACCGAAAGCAUGCAACAAGCACUGAAACAAAUACAAUGUCGACUUCAACGUAGCCUUUAAAUUAUUAAAAAAUUGUUAAAAUGUCUAAAUAUAUAUACAAAUUAAAUA